AUGGCUUCAGGCCCCGCACUCGACCCUACCAUGGGUCGCCAGCGCCAGGACUCAUUCGUGAGUGCUGGCCCGCGACCCAUUUCCAUGAACAACCAGAACCGAGACAAUGCGAACCGAAAUCGCAGGGAGAGUCUGGCUGGGAGCCUCAUGGGCGGCAUCAGCUGGGGCGGCAUGUCUUUUGGGAGUUUUGUGCGAGAUGACAUCAUGAUGCAAGGAUCGUCGCCUUUUGGCGCCCACCAGUCACCAUCGUUUCACUCGUCGUCCUAUCUCCCCAAGCUCGAGGCCAACUUUAUGCGAGACUUCACCUGCUGCGGGAAAAUCCUCCCUAACCUUCACGAUCUCCUCCAGCAUUACGAGGAAGCGCAUACAUCGACAAGUCCCAAUGUUGCACGCAAUAACAAUUUCUCCCAAUUUGGCCCCAUGGGAAUUCAAGGCAACAACAGGAUGCAAAGCGCAAGACAGACCCCAGGCACUGGGCAGACGACAGCUCACCCUUCACCAUCACAACUUGGUCAGCAGGCGCCCGGCGGCUUGCCACUGAUAGGUGUUGUGCCACCCAACGAUAACCAGAUGAACAUGGGACUGGGUGCAAACUUACCCGAUGAUAUGGACGCUGUGGCAGACAUGGAAAUGGACGAUGCAGUCGGGACGAUGGAGUUGGACGACAGCCAAAGGAUGCACCAAACCAGACACCUUUUUGGACAGCAGCAACGACCGCAGUUACACAUGGAUACCUCAGGCCUAACACAAGGUCUUCGUACUUCCCAGCCGACAACACCGGCUGCCGCCAGCUUCGGCUUCCAACACAACCCCACAGUUUCAUCAGUCAACACGCCCACCCUGACCACGCAGCAGCAGCAGAUGGCUGCACAGAGGCAAAUGGGUGGAAUGGAUGACAUGGAAGAAGAUAUCCCAGGCAUGCCCAUGGGAGGCACCGCCAACGACAUUGGGGACGUGAACUUUGGGGCCAAUGGCAAUGAUUCUAAUUUCUGCAUCAACGACCCGGGAAAGCAUUUGUUCAGCCCCAACGGCGCCUUUGCUCCAGGCAAUCGUACGAUCCAAGCGCAGCUAGCGCAACUGGGCAUCACACCUGGACAAAUCAACGACCCCCAGGCCAAUAAGAUUCUCAUGCAGCGGUUACAAAGCAUGAUGAUGUCGGAGGAGCAUAAGCCUUUCAAGUGCCCUGUCAUUGGAUGUGAAAAGGCAUAUAAAAAUCAGAAUGGAUUAAAGUAUCACAAGGCACACGGCCACCAGACUCAACAGUUGCACGAAAACGGCGAUGGUACCUUCUCGAUUGUCAACCCAGAGACCAGUGCUCCCUACCCAGGAACUUUGGGCAUGGAAAAGGAGAAGCCGUUCAACUGUGAAACCUGUGGCAAGCGAUACAAGAAUUUGAACGGGCUGAAAUAUCAUAAAUCUCAUUCACUGCCCUGCAAUCCCGAGUUCAAGCUCCAGGCGGAGGCUGCAGGUCUCAAGUUGCCACAAAACAGGCUUCCUCCUAACGGAAAUCUGCCAGGUGACAGCAGCAUGCAUCAGCAGGGCCCACUCUAG